AUGGGUGAAUUUUGGAAAGAGAACGAAAACGACAAUGAGAUUUCGAUGAUGUUGAGGGAUGGCACAUUAGGAAUGAGAGAAUCAGAAAUACAGAGGUAUGAAGAAAUGGUAUACAACAAAGAUGCCGAAAUAACUGCCUUAAAGAAAAAUCUUCAAGAAAUGGCGAUGCAAAUGAGAGAUCCUAAUAUGUACAAAGACAAUCGUGGACACCCCCAAGUCAAUAUACUUAUGGACGAACUUGACAAGUAUAAAACCUUACUAAAGGAGACGGAGGAUGGAGAAAAAGAUCUCUUUGAUGCUCUUAAAGAAGCAAAAAUGGUCAUUCGAGAAAGAGAGGGCGAAAUUAAGAAACUGAAGGAGUUUAUCAAAACUCAAGGAGAUCAGUCGGCAUCAAAUUUAGUUGAAGUGAAAAAGAAGAUCGAUUUAAGAAUUGAGGAAUGCAACAGAUUAAACCACGCAAAAGACAGUCUUCAAAGAACUAUCAAAGAAAAAGACGAAAGAAUGGAAGAACUGAGGUUAUCUUUGUGGGAAACACAAAACUACUGUGAAAGGGAAUCGAAAAGACUCAAAACAGCAAACGAAGAAAAUGUCGUGAAAAAAGAACGGGAGUUAACUGAGCUGAAAAGAACAUUCGAAGCAGAGAAAAAACGUUUUGAGCAAGAAGUUUUUAAACUACGGCAGUCAUCUGCUUCCAGAGAAGAUGAAUUGCAGCAGAUUCGAAAAGCAGCGGCUAAUUUCCAAGAUGCCAUUAAAAUUGAUGAAGCAACAAUUAACCAACUGAAUACAGAAAUCGAAGGAAAAGACUACGAGAUCUUUAACAUGCAACAAGCGCUUAAAAGUAAAAGCGACCAUCACGAAAAAGUAAAACUGGAACUGGAGAGAAAAGUAUUCUCGUUGGAGAAGGACUUGGAAAACGUCCAAGAAAGGUGCGAGGUUGUCCUUCAUGAGAAGGAAAGCAAGAUUGAAACACUUUCAAAUGCUGUUGUCAAAGAGCAAGGUAAAACAACCAAAGAAAUGCGGCAUAAGGACCAUUGCAUUGAAGAUCUCCGUCGUCAGGUAACCAAGCUCCAAAAGGAAUGCCAAGCAACAAAAAAUGAGCUUCAAACCGCCAAUGACAAAAAAGCUAACGCAGAAACGUUGUCGAACCAGUUGAAUGAAACGAUGAUAAUGUUGCAGGAACAAAACGAAAACCUGCGCGGUAUGAUUGAUAGCAUGCAAGUUGACAACGAGAAAACUGCACAAGAAAUGUUUACUCUCCAGGAAAAGUUUCAGGAGACAAAGGAGGAACUUUCUGUUUUUAAAGACAGCAAAAGUCAAAUUGAGAAACUUUCCAAGGAAUCGACAGAGAAAGACGUCCAAAUAGCGGUACUACAGAGGAAUGUCACCGAACUGAAGCAUGUUCUUGAAAACAUGAAAGGAAAUGCUUCAUUGUUGUCUUCGAAACUCGAUGCCAAAACCAAGUCGCUGUUAAAAGCUUCAAAGACUUUGGAAGAAUUGGAGAAUGAAAAGAAAAACCACCAAGAGGAAAUUGUUGUUUUGAAAAAAGACCUCGAAGACAUUUCUAAAAAGAAUGACAACACCGAGAUGCUUCUGAAGGACUUGAAGGACAUCGAGGCACAAAAAGGAAAGGAUUACGAAAGUAUGAAAGAAAAGUUAAGAGAGUUGGAGAGUUUGUUGAAUCAAAAGGACAAUGAGCUGAAGAUUUUUCAAGAAAAACUAAAGACAUCUGCAACUGUUUUUCACAGCGAGGAGCAAAAGUGGCAACUGAUGUGUCAAAACAACGAGGAAAUCAUUGGAAAACAAAAAGACAAGUUAGCGAAAAACGAAAAAGAAAUUAACUCGCUGCGAAUGAUUGCAAAAGAAAAAGAAAAUCUCAUCAUCACUUUAGAAAACAUGCUUAAGGAAUCUAAGAAAAAUGAACAUAAUUUUGAAAUAAGCGUCCAAAAACUGACUCUUGCUUUGGAAGAAGAGAAACAUGAGCACACUAAAUGCAAAAACGAGGUGAAGGAAUUCUUCGAGAAGUAUUCACUUGCACUUGCAGAAUUAAAAACCCUCGAGGAGACACAUAAACAUGAGAUGGAAGACGUGAAAAACUACUACGGUGCUGUCUUCAACGACAAAGAUGAAGAAAAUACCAACAUUAAGGAAUUGUUAACAAAAACCGAAAAGAGCAAAGACGAAGAACUCAACAUGCUUAAACAGCAGUUGACAGAAUUCGAGGCUGCUAAGAAAUCAGAUAUGAAUUCAAAAGUCUUAGCAAUCGAAAAUUUAAAAAAAUCCUUCACCGAAGCAUCAAAACUCCACGAGAAAAAGCUGGGAGAGAUAAAACAGUCAUUUGAAGUAGAGAUCUCAAAGAAGGAUAAAGAAGUGAAAGAAUUAAAGAAAGCAGUUGCGCAUGUUAAGAAACUUCUGGAGAACAAACAGCGUGAACUUGCUCUCGAAAAUGAAGCACACGAACUCAUUUCCCAGAAGUAUACAGAAGAUUUUAAAAUUAUGAAAGAAUCUAAAGCAGAAAGUCUCCGAAAAUCAGAGCAAGAGAUGGACGAGCUAAAGAAGACGCUCAAAAACAAAGUCGAAGAAAAAGAAUAUGAAAUCAAGAAAAUUAUCGAUUCUUCUAAUGAGGCGUUGUCCAAAAAAGAGGAAAUAAUUUCAGACUACAUUUCAUCGGAUGUCUGCAAAGCGUUUCCUUCUGAAUAUAAAGUCGUCUCCUUCGCAAGUUUACAAAAUGGCGACGGUGGAAGACCCUUGUACGAGUGGUUUGGAUCAUCAAGAAAGAAAGACUCAGUUAUUGUUGCUACUUCUUUCGGUAUGAUUGCCAAGCAUCUGAGAUCUAAAAAUAUCAGCAAUGAUCCCUUUGUUCAGUCAAAUGAAUUCAAAUUUAUCGCCCAGAAGAUAGCUGGCAUAGAUCUCGAARAAAUGGCGGGAAAUCAAACUUACGCUGUACCAACACCACUCACACCACCAGCGACUCCAGGAACACCAGAACUAAGCACUCAAAGCCAAGUGAAUCCACUYGAAAAAGCCGAAAAGGGYUGCAGUAAUGUUUGUAGSAAUAUUUUGGCUCUGCGCAAUUUGAAAGAGMGGCAAUUAGGCCCACGACUUCACGCAAAAGYGGCGGCUAGCUUAUCAAAGAAUCUGCUGGAUUUGAUGAAAACAUCUCUCAGCGAAAAUAGCGAAGACAUUGGCUCUAUACUUGGAAAUCUAUAUCUUCAUGGUGAAGAAAAAGAUCGCGAAUUUGCGCAAAAUGUGAUUGGUUCUGCCAUAAAUGUUGUUGAAGCGAAAUUGGGCACUCGGGAGACAAUGACACAACUAACAGAAGAACACCACAAAAAAUUCAUUKGCUCUUUAAGAGUGCCARAUUGGGUACAGCUGUACGUUAAGUUGGAAUGCAAGAUCCCUGAUCACUCUUGGCAAACCAUACUGAAUUACCUCAACGUUGGCCGAAGUGGGAAAGACAUUGAUGCUGGGCUUCUAUUAACCAACAACAACAUAAGGUCAAUACGACAAAUGGUAUUUUGUGCAACACGUCAAAUCUUUAGAAUGGAAAUGCUACCUCUGGAGUUGAGGGGAUAUGGUGUCAGCCUUUCCAUGGUUAUGGCGUGGUCUGUGAGAGAAAGCCGACUGCAUAAAAAAGCCCCAAUUAACAUGGAAUUUAAUAUUAAGUUGGAUGGCAGACCUUUAGCAGGUAGAGGACAAGUGUCUGUUGGUAUUGUACCAAUUGGCCUGCAUUCUACAGGAAAUGGGGAGCAAAGUGCCCUUUCAGUUUAUCCUCUUGCUAUUGCAAAUUGUAAUGAGGAAAGAGAACAUUUGAAGACCCUUAUUKCGCAAAUAAAUGAAGAAAAACGAGUAAUAAAAGAAAAAGGCCUGACUGUCGAUGGUGUAACACAUAUCAUUGAUUUCACAGUAACUGUGGACCUGAAAGCUCUGUUUGAGCUGAUAGUAAAAAAGGAUGAUGAACAGUUUAUGCUAGGUGGAAAGGGCUUUGAUGUGGAAUUUUGCUUUUUCUGUUCUGUAYUAAGGGCUUGUAAACAACAUCUAGAUGGACAUUUUGAUGAAGUUUGUCUAACUUGCCUCCAAUCCAARGCAAAUAUUGGAAAGUGGAAAGGAAUCAGAGAUGACUUGCUUUUCUUGUUUGAUGAGGAGCUAAGAUAA